AUGGUCGCUCGUUCAGCAAAGUCAAAAGAUGAGACAGCCAAACCAGCAAGUCUCGGUAGCUAUGCGAGGAUUCUAUCAUAUGGUGCCUCUGAUGGGGGUAUAUAUAUUAUGAUUCUAGGCCUGGUUUGUGCCAUGGCUUCGGGAAUUGCUCUUCCGUUGAUGAACAUUGUCUUUGGUCAACUGGUCGGCAGCUUCAACGGGUACUUUAUUCCAGGAUCGGGUAUCACAGAGCAAUCGUUCAAGUCUUCGGUCAACCAAGACAGUUUUCGCGCCUCGGGGGCCUUGCGCCUGGAGUACACCCAAGCUCUCUUUUCACUUCCUGUGAGCAAGCUGGACGAGAUGUCAGUCGGAACUGUCACACAUGCGAUUACAGCGCUGUCAAAUACGAUCCAGCAAAGUGUUUCUGAUCGACUUGCCAUUCUGUUCCAGUCACUCGCCUUGCUCAUCGCGGCUUACGCAAUCGCAUUCCGUUAUUCCUGGGCACUGACGCUUGUUGUCAGUGCGGCCAUUGUAUUUGUGAUCCUUGGGUUUAGCCUGACAAUGCCGUUUCUGGUCAAGGCGCAGCAGAGUGUGGACAAAGCGGACGAGAAGCAUGCAGCCCUCGCCGCAGAAGUAUUCGGCUCUGUUCGGACAGUGUUCGCCCUGGGUGCUGAGCAACCGCUAUUCAAAAAGUAUACACGGUGGGUCGAGGAAGCACGAAAACGUGGCCUGCGCAUGUCUCUAGUCAGUGGAAUUCACCUGGCAAUGCUCUUCUUUGCCAUGUAUGUCAGCUUCGCCCUGGCCUUCUGGUUUGGGUUGAAGCUGUAUCGUGAAGGUCACAUUGCUAAUAUUAACACCGUGAUCACGGUAUUCUUUUCUGUGCUCCUCGUGGUCACUAUUUUGGGAGGCAUUGCGGGGCCAUUGAUGGCUAUCUCGAAGGCCAUAAGUGCAUCAGGUGCCUUUUUUGGUGUUAUUGAUUCCAAGCAGGAUAAUCCACUUGGAAUUCGUGAGCCAGAAGUAUCCAGCCAUGCUGAUAUCGUGCUUCAGGACGUGACAUUUGCCUAUCCAACACGAACAGAAAUGACUGUGCUUAAGGGAUUUCAUGCACGCUUUGAGCGGAAUAAAACUACGGCUCUGGUUGGACCCUCCGGUUCGGGGAAAAGCACAAUUGUCGCUCUGAUUGAGCAAUGGUAUCAACUUCGGUCGGAGGAAGAAGAAGAGGCCACGUCGGGUCAUAUCCAUGUGGGAGGUCACAACAUCAAUAACUUGGAUGUGAAGUGGUGGCGAUCCCAGAUUGGACUUGUUCAGCAAGAGCCGUUUCUGUUCAAUGAUACAAUAUACAACAACGUUGCUUUUGGUCUGAUCGGAUCGCAGUGGGAGAAUGACACAGAGCCUGUGAAGAUGGAACUCAUCACCGCAGCUUGCAAGCAAGCCUUUGCAGAUGAAUUUAUCGACCGCCUUCCCAUGAGCUACUUGACCACUGUUGGGGAAGGUGGAAUCGCAUUGAGUGGCGGGCAGCGCCAAAGAAUUGCCAUCGCGCGAAGCAUCGUCAGCCAACCCCAAAUUCUUAUUCUUGAUGAAGCGACCAGCUCGAUCGAUAUCAAAGGAGAAAGGAUUGUGCAAGCAGCCCUCGAUCGUGUGUCCAAAGAUCGCACUACAAUCAUGAUCGCUCAUCGCUUGUCCACCGUCCGCCGCGCGGACAAGAUCAUCGUCAUGAAAGACGGCCAUAACGUUGAAGAAGGUUCUCACCAAGACUUGAUAGACAAGGAAGGAAUAUACCAUAGCUUGGUUCAUGCUCAACGGCUGGAGCCACUGACAGAUUUGAUGGAAGCCGACGUGCCGGGUUCGAUUUCUUCCCAGAAAGAAGACGAACUCAGCCCUCAAGAUUGCACCACAAAAGAACCCGUCGAGCAAAUUUUCCAGGAUCCUCCCGAGCCUGAAAGAGGCUUUGGCUUUUUCCACACCUUUGGGGUGCUCAUUUAUGAGAACCGUAGCCAUUGGGUUUUAUAUGCACUGACGCUGAUCGGGGCUGUAGGGGCAGGGUCCGGGUUUUCCCUGCAAAGUUGGCUAUUUGCCAGACUUGUGCAGGUUUUCCAGUUCACAGGCGAGAAGCUCGUGCACGCUGCAAACUUCUGGGCGUUGAUGUUUUUCAUCCUCGCCCUUGCCAUGGCGACCUUCUAUUUCAUGCUAGGAUUUUCGUCGAAUUCGAUCUCGAUGUUUGUCGUGUCCAACGCUCGGAUGGAUUAUUUCUACAACCUAUUGUCCAAACCGGUGUCAUACUAUGACCGCGAGGAGAAUUCCUCAGGUACUCUGAUGUCCAGACUCUCCACUAAUUCAAAACAGUUACAGGAGAUGUUUGGUCCCACUGGCGUUUUCCCUCUUAUUUCGAUCUUCAACAUCAUGGGAUGUGUUGCAAUCUCCUUCGCCUUUGGAUGGAAGCUGGCAGCUGUCACUUUUUUUGCCGCCAUGCCAUUCUUAUUUUUCUCUGCCUUCAUGCGCAUUCGAUAUGAGAUCAAAUUCGAGAGCCUAAAUGCCGAAGUUUAUGCCGAUAGCUCCAAGUUCGCAACGGAGGCGGUCCGGGCCUUCAGAACUGUCACUGCUCUAACCAUGGAAGAUACAAUUUUGGAAAGAUAUUCAAAGUUGCUGAAAGAUCAGCGUCAAAAGGCCAUCCGGAAAGCGUGGUACGCAACGUUGAUAUUUGCGUUUUCCGACAGUGUUGAGCUAUGUGCCAUGGCGCUCGCCUUCUGGUACGGCGGUCAGCUCCUCGCGUCCCACGAAUAUGAUCCAGUUGCAUUUUUCGUGGUAUAUAUUGCCAUUAUUCAAGGCGGCCAAUCGGCUGGGCAGUUCUUCAGUUUUGGUCCAAAUAUUGCCCAGGCUAAGGCUUCUGCCAAUCGCAUAUUGGCUGCACGGCUACCCACCGCGGGACAGCUUCAGCAUGUUCCGGUGGGGCCGCUCUCUUCUUCGGAGUACACGCCGAGUCCCUCUGUUGAACUGCAAAAUGUCUCUUUCCAAUAUUCUUCUCGGGAGGUACCGACAUUUGUGAAUCUGAACCUCGCCAUUGAGAGUGGUCAAUUCGUAGCAUUUGUCGGACCUUCAGGUUGCGGAAAAUCUACGCUUGUCUCGCUACUCGAGCGCUUCUAUGACUGCACUCAGGGAAGCAUCCUAUUUGGUGGCCGAGACAUUUGUUCCAUCGAACUGCCCUCUUACAGAAGUGCUUUGUCGCUUGUCGCCCAGGAGCCGAAACUCUUCGAAGGCACCAUCCGUGAGAAUCUCCUUCUCGGUCUACAAGCCCCCAACAACCCAAAUACCGAGGAACAAAUGAUCCAAGCAUGCAAGGACGCCGAAAUCUAUGACUUCAUAAUAUCCCUGCCGGAUGGCUUCUUGACGGAACUUGGCGUCAACGCUCAGUCCUCGCUGAGUGGUGGGCAAAAACAGCGUCUUUGCAUUGCGCGAGCCCUGAUCCGAAAACCGCUACUUCUCCUUCUUGAUGAGGCUACAUCCAGUUUGGACUCUCUAGUCGGAAAGUCUCGUGCAAAGCGCUAUGGAGAGAUUAGCAAGCAAGCGCAACAUGACUAUCAUUGCGGUCGCGCACAGACUAGCAACCAUUCAGAAAGCCGAUGCAAUUUUUGUCUUUGGAGAAGGGGCCUCGGGGAAGGGAUCGAGGAUUCUUGA